AUGCGUGUCUUCGCCGUCCUCAUUAUGUUCGCGUCGCUUCCGGCGCUGAUUCAGGGAUGCUCGUUCUCGUCUGUCAAAGGGUACACUUCAGUAGUGUCCCCAGUCAAAGGCGUGAGCCUCCAUUGGAAGGUCGUCGAUAAAGACACCGUUAAUUUCCUCCUGAAAGGCAACAAACACCGCAGCAAGGGCUGGUACGCCGUCGGAUUCUCCGAUGACGGCGAAAUGACGGGCGACGCAUUCGCGGUUACGAGCGAAUCGUCAACUCCCAAGGUUUUGGCUCUCACGGGGGCGUCGACGAGCGGAGUCGCGGAUGCUUCGUGGAGUCCCGACGUGCUGACGCUCAAGAAAAAGAGCGGCGGGCCGUCGUCUCUCAAGUUUCAACGGAAGGUGGGGGAUGGUGGGUCUGUAUCUAUUAAACCCAAGGGGAAAAACACCCUCAUGUUUGUCGUGAAGUCCGAUAAGUUCGACACCGGCGUGGAGCAUGACGAAGAUGUCAUUGUCAAGGUUAACCUGGGUUGCAACCCAUGCAAAGGACCUCUUAGCUUCAUGUUUUGCAAGGCCUACUACCGCCGCCUUUCCGCGCGACCGCAAUCAUCCCCCGCCAACCGCCUUUCCCUCUUCUGUCUGGCGCUUCCGCUUCUUGUGCUGCUCGCGCACCCGCCCUGCGCGCAUUCCGCGCGCUCCCCUGAAGCUACACAUACUGCUCUUCCCGGGGCGACUCAAAGCGCGCCCCCCGCGCGUUCCGCGAGUGCUGUUCCGCCGCAGCUGCGCAACCUGCUUGGCGCGUUCCGCCGAUGCCAGCCGUCCAGCCUCCCCGGAUUUACUACUUCCAAGUCGUUCUAUGGCGGGCUAACCCUUCAUUGGGCGGCUACAACCGGGUCCACCCUGCGACUCGCGCUUCAGGCGAAGGCAGGGAGUGUCUCCGCUAAGAGCUGGUUCGCUAUAGGGUGGACGCCGGACGGGCAAAUGAGCGGAUCAGACGCGGUUGUGCGGGUUCCCAGCAGCAACACCCCGGGGAGGUUCUUUCUGGACGGGUAUUCAAACGUCCACGCUACAACGAGCUUCGCUAUAGGGUCUCCUUCAAUUGAGACUACAAGCUCGCACGGCACUGUUAUGAAGUUCUCGAGAUCGUCUGGCGAUGGUGGGGAAGUUGCAGUGAAGCCUCGAGGACGGUCGCAGAUGGUGUGGGCGUAUGGGGCAGAUGCUUGGUCCACCACCGCGCAGCAUGACGCGAGGGGUACAACCUCAAUAGAUUUCUCCUGCAAUGGAUGCUGGGUGCUAUUCUUCAAGGUGUGCUGA